UCAUGUUCUGAACUCCACUUCCCCCUCAGGGCCAUCCACCACCUAGCCAAAUACCCAAGCACAGUCCCUCCAGUGCCUGCCACUUCUGCAUUCUCCUUCCCCAGCCCCAAACCUUCACUGUAUCUUCCUCUCUGUUUGCUUAGACAUCAGGGUCACCCCCAGUGUCCUUAGUUCUUUCCUGAGCUACUCAGCCACACCCCAGCAGAGCAGACACGGUGAGAACACUGUGGGGGGCCAGUCCACUGUUACCUGUGUAGGGGGGCAGGGGUGGUGUGAGGGAAUGAACUUUGGGGUCAUUGAACUGGGAAGUCAAGGGGGCUGCAAUGACAGAUCUGCUAGGGCCAGGAUGAGGGAGGGUGGGUGUAGAGAGUCAGGGCCUGGGUCGACUGGGACCAUGCCCAUGAUGGGCAUGGGGGCUUCAGCACAGUGGAGUGCAAUCAUGCCAGUGGCAGCCCCCCAGUUGAGAACAAGAACUUGUAGUGGGAUGGGACAGUUGACCUCAGUGGUGUGUUUAGGGCCUGAGACCCACAGGCGGGUGAGGCAGGGGGCAGAUGAGCAAGGCAGGGCCCAGGUGUUCUUGCCAGUGGCUCCCACUCAGACUGCUGGGCACACUCCAGGCAUCAGUUGGACAGGCAGAUCAGGAGGCCAGGUUGAGAGUAUGAACCUGUACUCUCCUGCUCCACCAGCUGGGCCGAGUGCCAUGCUGUCCCCCAGCAUCCUCUCCCUGACCUUUCCCACUCACCCCCAGGAGGAUGAGCAGUAAGAAGGGGGGGCCCAGAGCUACAUCGGGCAAGACACAGUCACCCCUCCCUGGGACCAAACCAAGAGCUGCUGCUGGGAAGCAGGGAGAGGCUCGCCAGUCUCAGAGGAAGACAGGCCAGCAGACCAAGGAGCCUGUACCCCCUCAAGGCCCAGAGGUCCCAGCAGAGCCCACCCGGGAGGAUAGAGCGGCCAUCGUCCUCCAGAGCGCCUUCCGGCGGUGCCUGGCCAGGAGGGAGCUGGAGCGCCGCCGCAGGGAGCAGCAGGCUUACCUGGAGCAGAUGGAGCAGCUGCAGAGAGAGGCCUUCCUGGCACUGGUGCGGCGCGAGCAGGAGGCGGCGCGGCGGCGGCAGGAAGAGGAGGAGGCUGCCGAGCGGCGGCGGCGGGAGGAGCAGCGGCGCCGGGUCCGCCUGCUAGAGGCCGCCUUCGACGGGAAUCUGGGCGAGAUCCGGGCGGUGCUGCAGGAGGUGGACGAGGAGGUGAACCGCGAGGGUGCGGGCCGCGACGAGGCGUGGACGGCGCGGCGGCUGCAGCGGCGCAUGGCAGCGGUAGAGGGCGCCGACGGCCACGGGAACACACCGCUGUCCGAGGCGGCCGCCGGCGGGCAGCCCAAGGCCAUCCAGCUGCUGGCGGAGCUGGGUGCCAACCCCAACUGCAAGGGCGCCUUUGGGCGCACGCCGCUCUACCGAGCCGCCUUCGGAGGCCACCUGGAAGCCGUGGAGGUGCUCUUGCAGCUGGGAGCCGACCCCCGGGUGUACGCGGAUGACGGGAGCACCCCAGAGCAGGUGGCAUCCCUGGACGCGGUGGUCAGCGUGCUGCAGUCUUGGGACCUGAGCCUCACAGAUGCCAUGCUCCGGAACAUGGAGGCAGAACAGCAGCGCCGGGCCCAGGAGGCCCAGCAGCACAAAGAGGCAGAGGCCCAGCGCACGAACCUGAGAGUGCAGCAGCUGGCCAAGGAACACCAGCAGUGCCACAAGAAGCUGCAGCAGGCUUACUGUGAGCUCCACCGGAGGAUCACAGAGCAUGACAAGUGUGAGCAGAGGAACAUGGGCAUGACCACACUCACGCUGCAGGCCAUCAAGGACUCGGAGGACCAAGUGGACAGGCUGCGGCAGGAGGCCCAGAAGAUGGAGGAGAAGCUGGCCAUGGCCAGGCUGGAGCUUCGGGAGCAGACCCAGGAGGAAGAGGAGGUGCCCGGGCUGAAAUGCCAGGUCACCGAGCUGCACGACGUGCUGAUGAAGGACGUGGGUGACCGCAUCCGCAGUGACGGCCGGUGGCCUCUUGUCAUUGAUCCUUCAGGCCAGGCGGCCACCUUCCUGCGCUACCAGGACACCAACUAUUUGGAUACAUUGAACCCGGACCACUUGCAGCCAGAGAGGAUCCGCCUGGCUCUGCUGGGGGCACUGAGGUAUGGAAAGCCUCUGGUGUUUGACCUGCGGGAGGUGGACCUGUUCCCAGUGGUGCAGCAGCAGCUGGAGGCCGUGCAGCCAGGCCUGGCACAGGAAUUGCUCGACCGAUCACUGCUGGAAUGUGAACGCUACCUGUCGCUGGUGAGGCCAGGUGAUGGGGCAGAAUAUGACCCCACCCAGUUCCAAGAAGCCCGCCUGGCAUAUUUCCGCCUUUUCUUCGUCACCAAGGUUUGCUGGCCAUCAGCGGAGCAGCUUCAGGUGCUGCUCCCCCUGUUUGUACAGCUACGAGGUGGCCGCUAACCCCCAUAAAGCCUCGGCCUGGGGGUGGGGGCUCAUGACUGUGCUGAGGGCAGACAGACUCACACAGAGGUAGAACAUAGUCAAUUUUAUUCUCCUUAAACCACAAAAUAGAGUCUUUGGUUGUACAAACA